UGGAAUAAUAAUCGACUAGUUCACAGUGAUUUGUGAAUAGUAUUUUUGCUUGGAAUGCAUAUCCCUAUUGUGAAUGUCAUUUCUUAGGGAUGACUGUGCAGCUCAAAGUGCCAACAACAUGGGAACAGUCCCAUGAGUGUAUUUAGUAUUGAGGUGAAUGAGCGCUGUGUGUUAGUCAUGAUGAAGAGGAUUCAUGUGUGAGCUCUCCCAGCAGCUUGUUGGCUUCAUGUGAAGGCUCUGCUAUGAGUCAGUGUGAGGACAAAGAGGAGGGAGUCCCUCCCUCUAAAACCACUCUGCGUGGGGAUCAUGCUAGCCAGACCAGAGCUCAGAGGAUCCAUCAGGAACCAGACAGUCCUGAACCUGAACCCAGCUGUGUGUCCAUGAAGAGUGACUGGUCUAUGGGACGUCCUAUAACCUUCAAAGAUGGACGCCGCUCUGUUGAACAACGGAGGAAGCUGGAAAAACCCAGACCUGAACCCAGCUGUGUGUCCAUGAAGAGUGACUGGUCUAUGGGUCAUCCUAUAUGCUUCAAAGAUGGACGCCGCUCUGAUGAACAAAGGAGGAAGCUGGAAAAACCCAGACCUGAACCCAGCUGUGUGUCCAUGAAGAGUGACUGGUCUAUGGGUCAUCCUAUAUGCUUCAAAGAUGGACGCCGCUCUGAUGAACAAAGGAGGAAGCUGGAAAAACCUGAACCUGAACCCAGCUGUGUGUCCAUGAAGAGUGACUGGUCUAUGGGUCAUCCUCCAGCCUUCAAAGAUGGACGCCACUCUGAUGAACAACGGAGGAAGCUGGAAAAACCUGAACCUGAACCCAGCUGUGUGUCCAUGAAGAGUGACUGGUCUAUGGGUCAUCCUAUAUGCUUCAAAGAUGGACGCCACUCUGAUGAACAAAAAGUGGACCAGGAGAGCUUGGAGGUUCCAAGUUUUCAGUCUGCCCAGCAGCAUCAAACACACCUGGACUCCAUAUUUAUGCUGCUGGAGGAGAACAUCGUCACUUUUGUGAAGAACGAGCUGAAGAAGAUCCACAAGGUUGUAAAUUCAGAUUACCCAGAAUGCCUAGAGAGUGAGAGGGAGGAUGAGGAGGUGUUGGACGGUGAGGAUGAAGAGAAGAGGAGCAGCAGAGAGGAAUUUCUGAAGAUCACACUGCACUUCCUGAGGAGAAUGAAGCAGGAGGAGCUGGCUGACUGUCUGCAGAGCAGAACUCUUGCUGCAGUUUGUCAGCGUGAACUCAAAUCUAACCUGAAGAACAAGUUCCAGUGUGUGUUUGAGGGGAUCGCUAAAGCAGGAAACCCAACCCUUCUGAAUCAGGUCUACACAGAGCUCCACAUCACAGAGGGAGGGACUGCAGAGGUCAAUGAUGAACAUGAGGUCAGACAGAUAGAAACAACAUCCAGGAAACCACACAGACCAGAGACAACAAUUAGACAAGAAGACAUCUUUAAAGCCCCACCUGGAAGAGAUGAACCAAUCAAAACAGUGAUGACGAAGGGAGUGGCUGGCAUCGGGAAAACAGUCUUAACACAGAAGUUCACUCUGGACUGGGCUGAAGACAAAGCCAACCAGGACAUACAGUUCACAUUUCCAUUCACUUUCAGAGAGCUGAAUGUGCUGAAAGAGAAAAAGUACAGCUUGGUGGAGCUUGUUCAUGACUUCUUUACUGAAACCAAAGAAGCAGGAAUCUGCAGGUUUGAAAAGUUCCAGGUUGUGUUCAUCUUUGACGGUCUGGAUGAGUGUCGUCUUCCUCUGGACUUCCACAACAACAAGAUCCUGACUGAUGUUACAGAGUCCACCUCAGUGGAUGUACUGCUGACAAACCUCAUCAGGGGGAACCUGCUUCCCUCUGCUCACAUCUGGAUAACCACACGACCUGCAGCAGCCAAUCAGAUCCCUCCUGAGUGUGUCGACAUGAUGACAGAGGUCAGAGGGUUCACCGACCCACAGAAGGAGGAGUACUUCAGGAAGAGAUCCAGAGACGAGGAGCAGACCAGAACAAUCAUCUCCCACAUCAAGACAUCACGAAGCCUCCACAUCAUGUGCCACAUCCCUGUCUUCUGCUGGAUCAUGUCUACAGUUCUGGAGGAGGGAGGAGAGCUGCCCAAGACCCUGACUGAGAUGUACAUCCACUUCCUGGUGGUUCAGUCCAAAGUGAAGAACAUCAAGUAUGAUGGAGGAGCUGAAACAGAUCCACUCUGGAGUCCAGAGAGCAGGAAGAUGAUCGAGUCUCUGGGAAAACUGGCUUUUGAUCAGCUGCAGAAAGGCAACCUGAUCUUCUAUGAAUCUGACCUGACAGAGUGUGGCAUCGAUAUCAGAGCAGCCUCAGUGUACUCAGGAGUGUUCACACAGGUCUUUAAAGAGGAGAGAGGACUGUACCAGGACAAGGUGUUCUGCUUCGUCCAUCUGAGUGUUCAGGAGUUUCUGGCUGCUCUUCAUGUCCAUCUGACGUUCAUCAACUCUGAAGUCAAUCUGAUGGCAGAAGAAGAAACAACAUCCAAGAAGUCUGAGACACACGUCUACCAGAGUGCUGUGGACAAGGCCUUGCAGAGUCCAAAUGGACACCUGGACUUGUUCCUCCGCUUCCUGCUGGGUCUUUCGCUGCAGACCAAUCAGACUCUCCUACGAUGCCUGCUGACACAGACAGGCAGUAGCUCACAGACCAAUCAGGAAACAGUCCAGUACAUCAGGAAGAAGCUCAAUGAGGAUCUCUCUGCAGAGAAAAGCAUCAAUCUGUUCCACUGUCUGAAUGAACUGAAUGAUCGUUCUCUGGUGGAGGAGAUCCAGCAGUACCUGAGUUUAGGACUUCUCUCCGAAUGUAAUCUGUCUCCUGCUCAGUGGUCAGCUCUGGUCUUCAUCUUACUGUCAUCAGGAGAAGAUCUGGAUGUGUUUGACCUGAAGAAAUACUCUGCUUCAGAGGAGGCUCUUCUGAGGCUGCUGCCAGUGGUCAAAUUCUCCAACAAAGCUCUACUGAGUGGCUGUGACCUCUCAGAGAGAAGCUGUGAGGCUCUGUCUUCAGUCCUCAGCUCCCGGUCCUCUAGUCUGAGAGAGCUGGACCUGAGUAACAACAACCUGCAGGAUUCAGGAGUGAAGCUGUUGUCUGCUGGACUGGAGAAUCCAUACUGUACUCUGGAAACUCUCAGGCUGUCAGGCUGUCUGAUCACAGAGGAAGGCUGUUCUUCUCUGGCCUCAGCUCUGAGCUCCAACCCCUCCCAUCUGAGGGAGCUGGACCUGAGCUACAACCAUCCAGGAGACUCCGGAGGGAAGCUGCUGUCUUCUGGACUGGAGGAUCCACACUGGAGACUGGACACUCUCAGGGUGGAGCCUGCUGGAGUCCGAUGGUUGACACCCGGUCUGAGGAAGUAUUCCUGUAAACUCACACUCGACACAAACACAGUGAACAGAAGGCUCAAACUGUCUGACAACAACAGGAAGGUGACACAUGUGGAGGAGGUUCAGUCGUAUCCUGAUCAUCCAGACAGAUUUGACUCGUGUCCUCAGCUGCUGUGUAGAGCUGGUCUGACUGGUCGCUGUUACUGGGAGGUCGAGUGGAGAGAAGAUGUUUCUAUAUCAGUGAGUUACAGAGGAAUCAGCAGGAGAGGAGACGGAGAAGACUGUUUGUUUGGAAGGAAUGAUCAGUCCUGGAGUCUGUGGUGCUUUGGUGGUCAUUACUAUGUCAGGCACAAUAACAGAGACACACCCAUCAUCGCCUCUUCCUCCUUCUCUGGUACAGUAGGAGUGUAUGUAGACUGUCCUGCUGGCACUCUGUCCUUCUACAGAGUCUCCUCUGGCACACUGAUACACCUCCACACCUUCAACACCACAUUCACUGAACCUCUUUAUCCUGGGUUUGGGUUUUGGUCUGGUUCUGGUUCUUCAGUGUCUCUAUGUUCUCCUCACUGAUCUCUCACUGAUUGUAAAUGCAGUUGGAGCAGGUGAGGGUUACCUGAGCUGGUCUGGACUCUGAGGUGUUGAGAUCUCUCAGUGUAGACGGUGACGUUUUGCCGGCCUCAGCCAACCCGUGACAACCCCCCCUUCUCCCCCUCAAACCAGCGUGUGUUGUGAGACUCGACUCUGUGCUGGAGACUAGGGAGACCUUUUUAAAAGUCUCUGUGUUCAGCUCUCCGUUGACUAGCGUUCAUAUUGUUUCCUAAAUAAGGUCCCAUGGUGGUCACAGGAAGGGGCGGGACUUCUCCUCUCUAUAACGGGGGACUUGUGGUGUUGCAGACGGCUGAAAGAGCCGACAAUGUAAUGACCUGAAAUGAUGUGUUGUCUGAGAGAAGGUGUGAAACAUUCACUUUAACUUUGUCUAUAAAACUGAAACAUUUCUUUGUGAGAAGAAACACCUAAAAAACAACUUGUAAAAGAUUAGUUUGAUUUGAAUAAACUGAAUUCAUCCUC